AUGAAUUUCGACUCGGGCACCGCCUACGCAGAGUCGGACGCCGACGACGAAUAUGAGCGCAGUCUUGGACCCAACUCGCCCGUUGCCGACGACGAGGCAUCCCCAAUCGACUCCGAGCUUCCCUCUUCCAGCGAGCACACGCCCACCACCUACGGCCACCGCAGCAGCGCCGACCGUUUGCCCGAGACUAUCAUCUCCGAGUGGACCGCCGACGAGUGCGCCGACUUCAUUAGCACAAUCGGCCUUGCCCAAUAUGCCGAUAGCUUUGUUGAGAACGAGAUUGUUGGCGAGGCCCUGGUCGCGUUGCAACAUGACGACCUCAAGUCCAUGGGCAUUGCCAGUGUUGGUCAUCGCCUCACUAUUCUGAAGAGCGUCUACGAUGUGAAGAAGGCUCAGGAUAUCCCUAUAGAGAGCGACCACUAUGUGCCUUUAUCCGCCGACGCCGAAGCUCAGUAUGCGACAGCAACCCUCAAGGACAUCAAACAUCUGGUCGAGCAGCUUCGUCUGCGAGACGAGCGGAUGAGCCUGGUGGAGAAGGAUCUGCGUCGGCUUUCGGAAGACUUCAGACGCUUGCGCGAGGACAUGCUACCUGCCCUGCGCCUGGCUAAGGACUCAUCACAACCACUACCCAAUGUCUCCAACAACAACAACCAGAAUUACGGUUACGAGACUGUUUCACCCCCGGCCCCGACGCCGUCGUCUACCCAGUCGAUGAGCCUGCAGCGCCAGUAUUCCACCAAGAGGAUCAUGCUGGGAACGACGCCCAAAAACAGCUCGCCAUCACAUCUACAAACAACCCAUGAGAGGUCCAUGGAACAGACGCUGGACCCUUCCAACGCUGCAGAGCGAGCCGUCUUGUCAUCAUCACAUCUGGCAGCCAUGAACGGCUCGGUCACAGCUACCUCACCUGGUUAUCCGUCUCCGAACAUGCCCUCGCCGACAUCUCCUCCUACACAUGGUGGCGCAACUCUGGGCUCCCGAUCGUAUCGCUCUGACCGCUCAGAAGCACCCACUCCUUCUUCACGAUCGACAUUUGCCGAGAACGACCACGGAUACAAAGGCCGCGAACAGGCCACGGCGCCGAAGCGCGGUCCGACCCCCGCCCCCGAUACCCCGAGUACGAGCAACGCGUCCGUCGAGAUCUUCAAAUCGUUCCGAGUCAGCAUGGACGACCCGUGCUACAAAGUCCUGCCCGCGGCUCUCAAAAAGUACCAGAUCAAUGCACCUUGGGACCAAUACGCCCUCUACAUCGUCUAUGGUGACCAGGAGCGCUGCUUAGGACUGGAAGAGAAGCCUCUCAUUCUGUUCAAACAGCUGGACAAGGAGGGCAAGAAGCCCAUGUUCAUGUUGCGGAAGACUAACAACGCACAAGUCGAUCCGUCAUCAGAACAACCUGGGAGCGCGGGGCUUGGAGCCAGAGGCGCGACAACGGGCUAUGAUCCGCCCGGCGGUAUUAUUUAG